AUGUCGUCCUCCGGCCCCUUGGCCGACACUUUUGGCAGGCGCCUCCAGGCGUAUCUCACGUCGCCGCAGGAUUUCCGCAAGUACAGGCAAAAGCUCAGCCGGGAGUUGGUGCGGUUGCGCCACGACUUGAACAUCGUCACCAGAGACACCAGAAACUACCGCGACAAGGAGCGCACCUCGGCCAUCGGCGCAGAGCAGUACCAGCAAAACGGGAAGUACGGCCAGGUGCUUCUCUUGCUCGCGGAGCGCAGCUUGGUGCACUCGUUGGAGAUCAAAAGCAUGCUCGAGAUCAAGGGCCUGCAGAUCCCCGGAUACAAAAAGCUCAUGGUGGGCAAAUUGAAGCUGGCGGCCAAGUCCGCGCGCCGGCUCGUGGGCGCGGUGGCGUGCGAGCCGGACGCGACCAGGAAGUUGGAGUACUACGUGUUUGCGGCGCUUUUGCAGGGCCAGUACUCCGUCAACAAGAAGCUGUGGGCCGACGCACGGUACGCGUUGUCGCUCGCGAGAAUCGGAUUGGAGUACUUGGCCGUUUGCGCGGGCCAAAACGGCGCAUCCAGCGCCGACGACGCGCUGUGGGGAAAGGCGUUUCUUGACGAAACGCUCGACACCGUGGUGGACCCGGCGUUGUCGUUGGCGCAUCUGCAAGACGCGUCCAGUCACAAAACGGCGGCCGACUUGCGCACCGUGGCGCGCAAACACUGCCGCGGCGGCAACGUGCCGUAUUUGGCGCCCCUUGUAGAUCUCGUGGCCGCGUUCGACCCGGCGUUUGUGGAGGAGCUAGCGGAGGAGACCGUGCCGAAAAGCGUCGCCUGGCGCGCCCACUCGGCCGCCAUCUACAACGACGAGGUGGCGGUGAAACUCAGCAAAGUCGCCGGCGAGGACUGGAGACUGUACCGCGACGCCAACGACUACGACUCGCUUUUCUCGAGGUGGGCCGACUUGGUGGACAUCCACCAGGGCGACGUGGAGAAAAGCUCCGACGACGACGACAUGGACAGGACCCAGCACAACGCCGUGCUCUUGACGUACUUGAAGUACCACAUGUUGUUCGUGAAAGUGAAGCGCGAUCUAUUGCUCAUAGAGCAGUUGCACGCGCAGCCCUCGCCCAGCACCACCCGAGUGCUCUCCACCAACAAGGACGUGGUGCGCUUGUACGCGUCCUUGGUGCGCACCACGGAAGAGCUCAAGGAUUUGCCUGGUGUCUACAACGACGACGACUUGUACGAGUCUUUGGAGGGCUUGUCGAGACUCUUCACAGUCACGCGCUCGGCGGUCGUUGCCGACUCCUACGCGGCGGCCCGCAAGCUUGCCGAGGCCUUGGCCAUCUACCUCCACAUCCAGCGCACGUUUUCCGGCGCCCCGCUGUAUUACAAAGUGGACGCCUUCCCCUAUGAUGUUUCCAGCAACGAGCAGGUGGCACACUUCCGAGCACACGUCGCUACUCGGACGGCCCAAUAUCAUACCCUAGCCCAGUUGCAGCGUGAGGUUGAAGGCGUGGUGCCGCCCGCCGUGGCCGAAGACGUGUACAAGUUCCCUGCGUCCGUGGAGAGCUUGAACCACGUCACACACAUCACCGAAAAGGGCUUCAUUGCUCCUGUUUUGAGCAAGCCCGUGUUGUUCGACGUGGCCUUCAACUACAUUGGCUACAGCGCCGAAGGAGAGAAGACCGCGAGCAAGUCCUCCAGCGGAUUAGCGGACACUGCAGGCGACGUGGGCGACAAGAAGAAAGGCGGGUUCUUUGGCAUUUUUGGCAGGGGGUGA